GUUCUAUGUUCCCAUCAUCCCACGUGCCGGCUAUUAACGCAUCACUUGCUGCCUGUCCCCUGUAAGGAUGCGGCUUUAGGAAGCCCAGCCAUUUCCUCCCAGUUUGGCCCUGAUGUGUUGCUCGGUGGUUUCCCGUGAAACCAUGUUUUUAUCUGUGCAUUUGAAAGCGCUGCUCCGGGAAGGGUCCCCGGGCUCCAGGGGAGGGGGUUCGGGGGCGCCAGGCUGGAGCCCCCAGCUGGCCCCGCCUCCCUCGCCCACAGAGAUGGUGUCAGGGAGGUUCCACAGGCGGAGCCAAGUCUGAAAGCCCCAGCCCGGGGGCCCGGGGGCCUCGCUGCCUGCCCGGCUCACACCUGGGGGCGCCUGGGAGCGCUCAGAAGGCAGGGGGGCUCCGGCUGGCAGCAGCGGCGCCCUUUGCCCUUUGCCCUUUGCCCCGUCCCCCUCUUCGGGGUGACGGGGCACCACAGGGGGGCCUCCCUGCUGCCCGCCCCGCCGGCCCCCAAACACCCACCCCCCGGAACGGAGGGCCCAGGCCCACUUAUAAAGAGCCUACUCUGUGCCGAGCACCGGGGGAGUGCUCCCGGACAGCUUGUCCCGCACCAAGCCUUGCCUCGGGCGCCCUCUGAUGGUCACGGAGGGGCGCCGGCCCCGCGGCGGCAGGCUCGGCAGAGUCCUCCACGCGGGCCCGGGGGGUCGCCUCACGCCCUCCGCGGCUUCCCAGGCAGUCCCGGCAAACGGGGGAUGGGCCGGGAGCGGGAGGGGGAGGGGGAGAGAGAGGACGGGUCUCCCCGCCCCGCCCCCGGCGUUAAGCACACCUGUACCCGCCGCCGGCAGGAAGGCGGGGUCCGGAAGCGCGCGGGGCCUGGCUGGGGCCCGGUCUGGGACCCGGGCCGGCUCAGCCAGAUGACCGGCCCAGACUCCCCGUCCCAGAGGGGGCGGGUGCCGGGGCCCGCCGUACAGAGCCCCGCCGCGCCGGCCUGCGCCGCUUCCUCCGCCGGGGGCGGUAAAGAAGGGGUUCCUGGCUUGGGGGGGAGGGGCGGAGGAGAAACAGACCCGCGCAAGGAAACGAGGCCGUCCGCUCUGCCCGGAAGCCGGCCCGAUGCCCUGCGCCCGGCCGGCCCUUCCUGCUGGGGUGCCCUAGCCACCGCCAUGACCGUGCCCUGAGCCUGCCCCGGCCCUGCGGCUGACAGGGCGGGGCUGGGGGCAGAGGGGCUCCCCCAGGGUCGGGGUCAUGGCCUCUCUGGACCUGCCUUACCGCUGCCCCCGCUGCGGGGAGCACAAGCGCUUCCGGAGCCUGUCCUCCCUCCGGGCCCACCUGGAGUACAGCCACACCUACGAGACCCUCUACAUCCUCUCCAAGACCAACAGCAUCUGUGACGCGGCCGCUGCUGCCGCUGCCGCCGUCUUCCCCCUGGCGCCCGAUCCCACCGCCAUGUUGGCCGUGCCCGGCGCGCGCCGGGAUGUCUUUGAGAGCACCUCCUUCCAAGGCAAAGAGCAGGGGGUGGGGCCCCCGGCCCAGUCCGCCCACCACCUGCACCACCACCACCACCACUCCCCCCUCCCUCGCUUCCCCGGAGACCUGGUGCCCGCGGGGGUGUCCUGUGAGGACCUGGGGGAGCCCGGCCUGGUGCCCACCACGGCCCGCUAUGCCCUGCGCGAGAUCGAGAUCCCACUGGGCGAGCUGUUCGCCCGCAAGUCCGUGGCCUCCUCGGCCUCCUCCACGCCACCCCCUGGCUCCGGCCCCGGCCCUGGUCAGGCCUCGGCCUCCCCAGCCUCCCCGUCCCCGGCCGACAUGGCCUACGAGGAGGGCCUGGCCCGGCUGAAGAUCCGGGCGCUGGAGAAGCUGGAGGUGGACAAGAGGCUGGAGCGCCUGAGCGAAGAAGUGGAGCAGAAGAUCGCCGGGCAGGUGGGCCGGCUGCAGGCCGAGCUGGAGAGGAAGGCGGCCGAGCUGGAGAAGGCGCGGCAGGAGAGCGCAAGGCUCGGCCGUGAGAAGGAGGAGCUGGAGGAGCGGGCCUCCGAGCUGUCGCGCCAGGUGGACGUCAGCGUGGAGCUGCUCGCCUCGCUCAAGCAGGACCUGGUGCGCAAGGAGCAGGAGCUGACCAGGAAGCAGCAGGAGGUGGUUCAGAUCGACCAGUUCCUGAAGGAGACGGCGGCACGGGAGGCCAACGCCAAGGUGCGCCUGCAGCAGUUCAUUGAGGAGCUCCUGGACCGCGCCGACCGCGCCGAGAAGCAGCUGCAGAUCAUCAGCAGCAGCUGCGGCACCACGCCCAAUGCCAGCCUGGGCCGCAGCAGCGUGCCCGGGACCAAGGGCACCGGCAGGAUGCGGGACCGGCACUCGGGUCCCAUCAUGCACAACACGUACGCCGUGUCCAAUCACCGCUCCUCCUCCAGCACAGGGGCCUCCAGCCGUGUGAAGGCCUUGUCCCAGAGCUCGGGCUGCUAUGACAGCGACACUGCGGACCCCUACCCCCCGGAGGAGGCGGCGGCUGGGGACGGGGCCGGCGGCGCGGGGGCCCGGGCUGAGGGCGGCGUGGGCUUUGAGAGGCCCCAGGCGCCCCGGAGCUCGGGCCUGAGACGCCAGGCCAUCCAGAACUGGCAGCGGAGGCCUCGCCGGCACAGCACCGAAGGGGAGGAGGGCGACGUCUCGGACGUGGGCUCCCGGACCACCGAGUCCGAGGCCGAGGGGCCCUCAGAAGCCUCGGCCUCCGGCCCCACACCCCCCCGGGCCCUCAGCAGCUGCCGUCUGUCCGGUCCUGCAGCCCGCUCAGAGGGGGGCAGUGGGCGGGGCCGGCAGGCUGACAGCGGCAGCCCCUCACGCUCCAACGAAGUCAUCAGCCCGGAGAUCCUGAAGAUGCGGGCGGCCCUCUUCUGCAUCUUCACCUACCUGGACACCCGGACCCUCCUGCACGCCGCCGAGGUCUGCAAGGACUGGAGGUUCGUGGCCCGGCACCCCGCCGUCUGGACCCGCGUGCUGCUGGAGAACGCCCGCGUCUGCUCCAAGUUCCUGGCGAUGCUGUCCCAGUGGUGCACCCAGACGCACUCCCUGACGCUGCAGAACCUGAAGCCCCGGCAGCGGGGAAAGAAGGAGGGCAAGGAGGAGUACCUGAGGAGCACCAGGGGCUGCCUGGAGGCCGGGCUGGAGUCCCUGCUCAAAGCUGCCGGCGGGAACCUGCUGAUCCUGCGCAUCUCCCACUGCCCCAACGUCCUCACCGACCGCUCCCUCUGGCUGGCCAGCUGCUACUGCCGGGCCCUGCAGGCGGUCACCUACAGGAGCGCGACGGAUCCCGUUGGCCACGAGGUCAUCUGGGCCCUGGGGGCUGGCUGUAGGGAGAUCAUCUCUUUGCAAGUGGCCCCUCUUCACCCCUGCCAGCAGCCCACACGCUUCAGUAACCGGUGCCUGCAGAUGAUCGGGCGCUGCUGGCCCCACCUCAGAGCCCUGGGGGUAGGAGGAGCGGGCUGUGGUGUGCAGGGCCUGGCCUCCCUGGCCCGGAACUGCAUGAGGCUGCAGGUGCUGGAGCUGGACCACGUGGCGGAGAUCACCCAGGAGGUGGCGGCCGAGGUCUGCAGGGAGGGGCUGAAGGGCCUGGAGAUGCUGGUGCUCACGGCCACCCCGGUCACCCCCAAGGCCCUGCUGCACUUCAACAGUGUCUGCCGGAACCUCAAGUCCAUCGUGGUUCAGAUUGGGAUCGUGGACUACUUCAAAGAACCAGGGAGCCCCGAAGCCCGGAAGCUGUUUGAGGAAAUGGUGACCAAGCUCCAGGCGCUGCGGCGGCGGCCCGGAUUCUCCAAGAUCUUACACAUCAAGGUGGAAGGCGGCUGCUAACCCGGGGCGGGGGGGCCCGCGGGCACCCCUCCCACCCCCCACCGGAGGCCUCGGGCAGCACCCAAGGGACGCAGGUUUGGACUUGCCUCGGGGCAGCCGGCGGACCGGGCCCGGGCCGGGAGCUCCCCUCGGAACUCUGGCCGCCCCGCCCCCCAUCCAUGCGCCGGGAGCCGGCGCCCCCCGCCUACGCCUGCGCCCCCACCGGCCGCUGCCUCCCCUCGGAGGGCUCCGGGCCCGAAGCCGCCGCCUCUCUCCUCGGGCCCCGCACGGGGAGCUCAGUCACCAGCAGAGGCCGCCCCGACCCCGUCCUGGCUCCUCCCUUCAGGAGCUCCUGCAAUAAACCCCCCCUGUCCCUCCGAGCCCCCCCAGGGCCGCCCCCUGUAGCUGAUGUGCCCGGGCGGGCCGGGGCCCCCGGUCCUGCUCAGAGCCGAGGGGCGGGGCCGGGCCCGAGGGAGGGGCCGCUCCGGGCCCCGCCCGCCUCCCCACGGCCCCCUGCCGCGUGAGGCUGGGGCGGCCAGGCAGGGAUGACAGAGUAUUUAUUUCUGUAAGAAGAGACGAUGCAGAGAUUUUAAAGCAGAGUUAUAUAGUGUGCAUGUUUCUGAGCUCUCCGCUCUAGACCCCGGCCCUGCCCUUGACCUUGACCCGAGGCCCCCACCACACACAGACCCCUCCCAGGGGGCUCCUGACUCAGCGAGGCCCCGGGGUCUGCAGGAAGGGGGGCCUGGGCAGGAAGCUGCUGAGACACCCCCCUCCGUGCACCCUGGGGAGGGGCACCCGUGAAUCGGCUGUUUGGGGAAAUGGCGCAGGGAGAGGCAGAGGGGGCCCUGGAGGAGCUCCGCCCCAGCCGCCCACACCCGGGCCCUGGCGGGGAAUGGGGCGCUGGGCCCUAGGCACUGUCCGUCUUCUGUCCCGUCUCUCCUUUGUGUCCCUGUCUCUGUCGCCAUCUCCCCUCCCCCCAUGUCUCCAUCUCC